AUGAGGAUCACGCCAAGGCAGACGGCGGAGAGCGUAACGGAGGAAGCGGCGCUGAACGGACUCGAUCCUCUCAAUCCCACUUUGUGCCUGAUGCAAUGCGUGUACCGCAAAAACAACGCCGUCGACAAGAACGGCUGGCCCACGUUGGACGGUUUGGUCAAUUUGUACACGGACGGGGUCAGCGAGCAGGGCUACUUUAUGGCUACACUUCGCGGUGUGGACCGUUGCCUCAAGGGGACCUCCAUGAAAUACAAGGUGAAAAGGAAUGACGUGGCAGAUAACUUUGAGCAGUGCAAUGUGGCAUUCGAUGUGUUCGACUGCAUUUCCGAUAUGAUAACAGAGUACUGCAGUGAUCAACCAAGUCACGAUUUUCACUAACCGAUGCAAUAGGUGAGUCCGGGAAUAUGAGAGCGCAAUGGUACCUUCAGUUGAUGUAAAAUUAGAUUUAUAAUAUUUAAUACCAGAAGUGAUGUUAGUAAA